AUGAAGCACAUCGCCGCCUACCUUUUGCUCACCCUCGGUGGUAAGGAGUCGCCGUCGGCUGCCGACAUCAAGGCUCUGCUCGAGACGGUUGGUAUCGAGGCCGAGUCGGAGCGUCUCGACAAGCUCAUUGAGGAGCUUAACGGCAAGGACAUCAACACUCUUAUUGCCGAGGGUCAGGAGAAGCUCGCUUCGGUUCCGGCUGGUGGCGCUGCGCCUGCUGCUGCUGCGGCUGGUGGUGCUGCGCCUGCCGCCGCGGGUGCCGCCAAGGAGGAGGAGAAGAAGGAGGAGGAGAAGGAAGAGUCCGAUGACGACAUGGGCUUCGGUCUCUUCGACUAA